CAGGGGGCGGUCGGAGGGCAGUGGCGAGCUGAGGGGCGGUGAGCGGCUGGCGCCCGCGGAAGGUUAUUGUUGUUGGCAGGCUGGCAGUGGCGUCCCCCUGAAGUGGCGCCCAGCAGGCCAUGUGCCGUGCCUGCCCUACGCUGAUAAUGUUACACGAGCGAUCAACCUAGGCGUUGAAUACAAGCCCUUGAAAUGCUUCGGUUUCCGAGUAAGGCCAAGGGAAUGUGGGGAGAGACACGGACAAUAUUGCCUGCUCUCCCGCUGGCAGUGCACGGUAUUCCAAGGAAUUCUGUGGAGUAAGCAGGGUUAGACAAGAAAAAGGGCGGCGGGAAUACCCGGUCUAAAUAUUUGAUUGUGUAGUGUUUAUGCCAGAAGAUACUUGUAGGAAAAGAUGGCCUGCUUAAUCAAAAGAAUUCAGAAAUGUGGUUUUAUCAGUCAGGUACACAGAGUAGGAAGAUUAUUAAUUAAAACACAUAUAUUGAAAUGUUCAAAAGCCUUCAGUGAACGAAGCCUGAACACUACUCGAGAAUUUUCUCAGGUUAGUUCCCAAACCACGGACUCCUUCACUUAUAUAAUUGUUGGAGCUGGAUCUGCAGGAUGUGUGUUAGCCAACAGAUUAACUGAAGAUCCUCACAGUACUGUGAAACUGCUGGAAGCAGGGCCAAAAGAUACUGUCCUUGACAGCAAACGAUUCUCAUGGAAGAUCCAUAUGCCUGCUGCAUUAACCUAUAAUCUCUGUGAUGACAAGUACAACUGGUAUUACCAUACAACACCACAAAGGCACAUGGAUAAUCGAAUUAUGUACUGGCCUAGAGGAAGAGUAUGGGGUGGAUCCUCCUCUCUCAAUGCCAUGGUGUACAUUCGGGGCCAUGCAGAAGAUUAUAACAGGUGGAGCAAAGAAGGAGCUGCUGGAUGGGACUAUGAAUAUUGUUUGCCUUAUUUUAAGAAAGCACAGGCUCAUGAGCUAGGUGCUGAUCUUUAUCGUGGUGGGAAUGGCCCACUUCAUGUGUCGAGGGGGAAAACCAAUAACCCUCUUCAUCACGCAUUCUUAGAUGCAGCUCAGCAAGCUGGGUACCCUUUCACAGAUGACAUGAACGGUUUUCAACAAGAAGGCUUUGGCUGGAUGGAUAUGACCGUACAUAAAGGUCAGAGAUGGAGCACAGCUAGUGCUUACCUUCGGCCUGCAUUAUCACGUCCAAACCUGUCAACAGAAGUCAGCACCCUUGUCACAAAAAUUUUGUUUGAAGGGACAAAAGCCACUGGCAUUGAGUAUGUUAAAAAUGGAGAAAAGAAAAAGGUUUUUGCUAGUAAGGAAGUUAUUUUAAGUGGUGGUGCCAUAAAUUCCCCACAGCUACUUCUGCUGUCUGGAGUUGGAAAUGCAGAUGACCUAAAAAAAUUAGGAAUCCCUGUUGUCUGCAAUCUUUCAGGAGUUGGCCAGAAUCUUCAAGAUCAUUUAGAAGUGUACAUACAGCAGAAGUGCACUCAGCCUGUAACACUCUAUAAAUCACAAAAGCCUCUUAAAAUGAUUAAGAUUGGUCUUGAAUGGUUCUGGAAAUUUACAGGUGAAGGAGCCAGUGCCCAUUUAGAAACUGGUGGAUUUAUCAGAAGUCGUCCAGGAGUUUCUCACCCAGAUAUUCAGUUCCACUUUCUCCCUUCUCAGGUGAUUGACCAUGGGCGUAUUCCUUCUCAGCUGGAAGCUUACCAGGUCCAUAUUGGCCCCAUGAGGAGUACCAGCAUAGGAUGGCUAAAGCUGAAAAGCACAGACCCAAUGGAGCAUCCCAUUCUUGAGCCCAAUUAUUUGUCCGCAGAAAUGGACGUCUGGGAAUUUCGUCAGUGUGUCAAGUUAGCGAGAGAGAUAUUUGCUCAGAAAGCCUUUGACAAAUUCCGUGGACCUGAAAUCCAACCAGGAAGUCAUGUUCAGUCUGAUGGGGAAAUAGAUGAUUUUAUAAGACGACAGGCUGAUAGUGCCUAUCACCCUUCAUGCACUUGUAAAAUGGGACAUAGUUCUGAUAGUACUGCUGUUGUGGAUCCCCAGACCAAAGUUAUUGGAGUAGAGAACCUAAGGGUUGUUGAUGCCUCAAUAAUGCCAAGUAUGGUCAGUGGAAAUUUAAAUGCCCCAACCAUCAUGAUAGCAGAGAAAGCUGCUGAUAUAAUCAAGGGACUGCCAUCACUUCAAGAGAAAAAUGUUCCUGUGUAUAAACCCAAAACUUUAGAGACUCAGCGAUAAAGUGUUUGUGACUUUCCAUGUGAAAUUUGGCCGCCUUUAAUUCCACUAAUUAUAGCGGCUUCACACAAUCUGCCGCAAGUAGGAAGGAGGGAAAAUGUUGGAAUUGGCAACAUGAGCUCCCGACGGGCAUGCUGUGUGGACCUGCCCAAUUUUGGCCUCCGUAAUUCUCCACCUGACAUUCUCCUGACUUUAGCCAGACUUCUGUAACCAAGAUUUGAAAUCGGAAGUCUUGGGAGAAUGUCAGGUAGAGGACAUGGGAACCGGACUUGGGUGGGUUUGCAUGACAAGCCCUCUGGAAGUGUGCACUGCCAGUUCCAACAUUUCCCUGCCCUCCCCCCACCCCGUCCUUACUUGCGGUGGAUUACAGCCCUGAGUUUAAAAAAAUGGUAUCUAUUGAUAAGUUACCUCAUUUGGAAUUCAUUUGAAUAAUGGUUUGUGUUCUAAGCAGUGAGCUUCUGAUCCAAAGGAGAGGCGCUUGCUGCUUCUGUGCCUCUCUACAGCCCAACCGCACUGCUUCCGAAGACAGAGAGGCUCUGUACCUGCUAAGGAGUAUGACGUUGCCCUUGUGAACAUCUUCCCAUUGGGGAUGAUGGGAAUGGUGCUUAGUAGGUACAGAGCCACUCUGCCUUCGGAAGCAGCAAAGGUGGGCUGUAGAGUGGUGUGGAAGCAAUGAGUGUGCUUCUCCCUUGGGUUGGCAGAAGAUUGCACAUUGUAAGCCAUUGAAUGUAAGCCAUUGAAUCUAAAGUCCUGUUUCAAUUUUGGUCAAGGAAGGAGACUAGAAAUAUAAUGGAAGUUGUUCUGAAAAGAGUUGGCUGCUUCUAGUAAAAGUAGGUUACUAGCCUAAGAAAACAGCAUGGUUGAUAUGGCGAAAUAUGUGUUACUUCCUGUAGUAGGACCUCAUGAUGAAAUUGACCUCAAAUCUUGAACAGUAACUGGACAAGCCAUUGUGAACAACUUGUGUUGUAGAUUGUGACCUUUUCUCAGAAUAGCCUUAUGCUAUAAGUGGCUGUUUCUAUGACAUUUCCCUAGACCUAUACAUAUGUACAGAGCAGAAAAUUGGGGCCACACAUUGAAGGAGAGUAAUUGGUCCAAUACUAAGGGUAUGUUCCAGGGGGGGGGGACCAGUCAAUUAGUAGCAGUUGGAUGGAAGUGAGUCCUCACACGCUGUAUUGUGAUUUCUUAGUCUGGAUUGUUAUCUGAUUGUGCCCUGAGUGAUUUGUAUUUGUUAAGGAAUCCACUAGGUAUUAGCCUAUGUAGUCAAUAUGCCAUAUUAUAGGCAAGCAGUCUUAGAUACGUUUUAUGCAAAAAGCUGCUGAAUGCUCUUUUUUUUUUUUAAAGCCAUGGUUGUGCAGUUGAAAGCAGCUAAUGAGCUGAACACAGGCUAAACAAAUGCACAGAAAAGUAAUAGCAAAAACAAAUGGAAAAUAUCCCUCAAACUGUGUCAACAGUUUCUGUCAGUGUUAAAAAAAAUUCCGUAUACAUCAACUUAAAUAUUGGCUGCACAUUCCCAAGAUAUAUCACAUUGUCCUCUGCAGCCCAUCUGCAGAGGACAUUGUGACUGAAAUUUAUACAGCUGAGAUUAAUUUAAACUUGUACAUUAAAAAAGAUAAUGUGCUUUAAUGAUUUCCAUACUAAAAUUAAGGAAAUUAAAUCAUUAAAAGAUGUCUAAUUAUUCUUAUGUUCAGCACACUCACAUUUAACUUUUUGUAAACUGCCCUGAGAUGCAUUAUGAAAGGCAGUAUAAAAAUUGAACAAUAAAUAAAUAAAUGUACAGAUCUCUGUGCAACCUACUGCCUAUGGUUAGACAAACCAUAUGCAGCCAAUUAUGAAGGUGAUUCGGACCUCUCUUAAACUGCUUUGAACCAAGGUUCAAAUGGCAGAGAAGUAAAUUCAAGGUUGCAGUGAAUUAUAAACAAGCAGUAGACACUUGGAGCUAAUCGGGAGCGCUUAUCUGGCUUUGCUUGCCGUUUUAGCACAUUUUAGACUGGCAUUCCAAGCAAGGAAGUGCUGCUGGUGCAGCAAGAGAGCAGCCUAACAGAUCUUCCCAACUAACAACCAUGUGGCAAUUUUUUAUGCACUCCCCUUUCCUGGGAAGCCCACUGUGCCUCCUGAAAAUAUGUCUCUGAGGGUUGCCAGCCCCUGGGGACAUAUUUUCAGAUCGCACCGAGGGCAUUCUAGGGAUAGGGGGGAUGUCAAAAACUGCUGCUUUCCCAAUGCACUGGUGCAGUUAGUUGGGAAGUCCUUUUAGGCUGCUCUAUCACUGUGCCAGCAUUUCCUUGCUCUCAAUGUCAGCACAUUCACUACACUGAAGAGAGGGCAUUACCAUUCUUUCUUUAUGCACAAAACCCUUCCCUUCCUGCUUCCCGACAUGUAAAGGACCCCUAGCAGAGAGCAAAAGAGAGAAGCAAAUAUCCCCCCUCCUAAUAUUGGCUUACACACAGCGCAGUGAGCCACACACUGGGAACUGGUUGCAGCAGUAGUAAGGUUCUUCUGCCUUCUCAAGAAGCACGGAUGGAAUGGUGAGUCCUCUGCAGCCAAUGAGCUUGCAUCCCUCUUGGGUGUCCAGCUUGCAGCAUUGUAUGUAAGCCACUGAAGGAUACAAGUAGGUUCUGGAGUUCCAGUAGCAUGGAGAUCUCCGAUCACUACAAUCUCAGACCUGAGAAGGAACUACAGGCGAGUUUAAUUGCUUGGCAACACCUUCAACUUGUUCCUUUUCGAACAACACCAGAAGUUCUGAAUAAAGAAACCCAUAGAAAUAAAUCUUGAGAAAAACAUUUAAAAGUCUACUUUUCAUUGUUAUAACUUGCUUGAAUUGAAUUGGUAGUUUAAUCUUUAAUUUAUUGACUAUUACAAAAGUUGCAAUGCAAGGAAAAGAUUUAAUUGUUUAUAGUUGUGAGCAUUUUAUUAUGAUACUAGUUUAUAAUUAUCUGGCUUUAAGUUUAAGAUAGUUAUAGCAGCUUGCUAUUGUUUUGUCUCUUGUUCAGUUCACUUGAUAAUCUUUUUAGAUUAUCUGCUUCAAGAAAGAAUUGCUUAGUGUUGUAUCUUUGAGAAAGCUCAUGUACUAGCCAGACUUUACUCUUAGUGGUUACUUGAGGGAAGUCCUACAUAGAUUCUAAUCAAUUCCUUGUGUGCAUUCCAGAAGAGAUCUAAAGGUAAAUACCAGCACUCUGUCUUGACCCAGUAAUGUCAGGUAGUACUUGAAAUCAUAGGGUGGACUAAUCACCAUUGCUAUCAUGGUUAUGGUUGAGCCUUAUUCAAACAUCUCACAAAUGUAAAUCAGAAUUUUGUCCAAAGGUUGGAUCAGAUGUUUCAUAGCUUGUACAUUUUGGCACAAUCCAUCAAAAAUAAUUAUGACUUAUAUCCCAUUGAAAGCAAUGGAAUGGGACUUAUUCAGAACUGUGUCCCGUUAAUUAAUUGGACUAGGUAAUCAUUAUAACUUCUGCUGGAUUGUACCCUUGGUGCACAGCAUAACAAAGCAACUGUGAAAAAUGAUUUUCUUUUGUUUCUGGAAUAGGUAAAAUAAUUGCUAAAUGUUUAUAAUCUUUGUUUUAUAUAUGUAGUUAAUAUAAUUAAAUGCUUUAAAACCA